CAUGGGAGUGUGAUCAGAGCUGGAAUGGGUUGGUCUGUACUGUAGGUUGCUCUGCAGACCUGUUUCUGGAGGGAAGCAGAGGGGCUGGACACAGGAGACGGACACAGGAAUUCCAGGUCACAAGGGCUCCUGUGGCAGAGCACAGCCUCGGCUGGGCUGGUAUUCCAACCUCUCCCUCUCACGGUCAUGAGUGUGACGGACGUAGAGUAGAACCACGGAGGAACAGAUAUUAAGAAACAGAAAGUGGUGUGGUGUAUUCUAGGGAAACUAAGAGACUUUACCUCAAGGGUCUGGACCGACCCCUCAUGAUGGGAUCCUCUGUGGAGUUUGCCUGCUUGCUGCUGGUGGUAUCCACUCUGGGAAAGAACCACUUGGUGUCUGCGGGUUGUUCAGGGAAAUGCUGCCGGGGCAGAGACUUGAGCUGUCUGACCACCGACUGGAGGAUGGACCGUGUGUUCGGGACAUGCUUCUGCGAUGAGGGUUGCGUCAGGACCAAGGACUGCUGCUUCGACUAUUUCAAAGAGUGCCCAGCUCAGGACUGCGCUGUGAGCGACUGGAGCUUUUGGAGCGGCUGUGCCAAGCCCUGUCAGCCUUCAGUGCGAGUCCGUGUCCGUCACGUAGAGCAGCAGCCCAGUCACAGCGGAGAGCCCUGCCCCAGCCUGGAGCAACGGAGCGGCUGCAGGGAGUACAGAGACCACCAGGGCCGACACUGUGGACUCAACUCAGGUCCUGCCUUCAUCACCAGCAUGGAGUUUGGCAAGGGAAGGCCCAAACAUGACAACUAUGGAAACCCCCUGCAGCCUGGGUUCUGUGUGGAAUUCACACUGGAGUCCCGGACGCCCCACUGUACAGUGCAGAACCGGCCACACACACACUGGAUGCGCUACAUUACAGAGGGCUUUAAAGUGUGUGUGGCGUGUGAACCUCCUGCCAUGCGAAACAACAGUGGCAGCUGCCAAGGAGAUGGUCAGGAAUCAGACAAAGAAACUCUGCUCCACUGGCAGGCGGUGGGGAACCAUCAGUGCAGCGGGACGUGGAAGAAGAUCCAGAAAACCCAGCAGUGCGACUGUCCGCCACAACACAGCUUCAUCUUCAUCUGAUCCAAACAAAGCACCCACAGAA